UCUUUAUAAUACCAUACCAAAGAAAUCAAAUAACAUUUCAAAUAUAACUUUAAUUGCAAAUUGAUUAGUGUUUCACUUUUUUUCUUUUUGGGUGUAUUUGUGACAUGUGGCAGCAGACGUGGAAUACGCCUUACCGGAAAGAUGACGUGGAAGCUGGAGCAAGGCCUUUAUAUCCGGCUAUGUUGGAGAAUCCACAACUACGUUGGGCUUUUAUUAGGAAAGUUUACUCAAUUUUGAGUAUUCAAUUGCUUCUCACUAUUGCUGUUGCUUCUGUGGUCGUUACGGUUCAUCCAAUUGCACAUUUCUUUGCAUCAACUGGGGCAGGAUUGGCACUUUAUAUUGUUCUUAUCAUCACUCCUUUCAUUAUAUUGUGCCCGUUGUAUUACUAUCACCAGAAACAUCCGGUGAAUUUCUUGCUUCUUGGGUUGUUUACAGUUUCAUUGUCCUUCGUUGUGGGAUUGGCUUGCGCGUUCACUAGUGGCAAGGUAAUAUUGGAGUCCGUUAUCUUGACAGCAGCAGUGGUGCUUAGUUUGACACUAUACACAUUUUGGGCUGCAAAGAGAGGCCACGAUUUCAAUUUUCUUGGGCCAUUCUUAUUUGGUGCCCUCAUGGUUCUCAUGUUAUUUGCCUUCAUCCAGCUACUGUUUCCACUGGGUAGGCUCUCUGUGAUGAUCUAUGGGUGUUUAGCCUCAAUUUUAUUCUGUGGAUACAUCAUCUAUGAUACAGACAAUUUAAUCAAACGCUACACUUACGACGAAUAUAUUUGGGCUGCAGUUGGUUUGUAUUUGGAUGUUAUCAAUCUCUUUCUCUCUAUAUUGACCAUCUUCAGAGCUUCUGAAAGUUGAGAAAGACAGCUAUGUCUGUGAAUAUAUUUUUUUUCCCCCUUCUUUUGUUCCUUUUUUGUCUUAGUUAUGGUGCAGUAGUCUGUGUAGAAAAUGUUACUAAUACAGGACUUAUGAUGUAGUUAUGUAUACCACCGAUGUUAAAGAAUGUGAUUUUUAUUUCUAUUC